CGUAGGGGAGGCAUUGUAAAUCUCGUGAUAUCUUGAAAUUCCUUUCAGUAGAAGUGCGCUAUCGCGAUAAGUCAUAAAACCACAACCUUUUUAGAAGGAAAAUAAACUCCACAAACCGGACCAGUUUUAUUUAACAGAGCGCUGAAAUCGUCAUUGUCAGAACGGUAAAUUUUCGGGGUUUUUUUAUCAAACGUUUUUUAAAUCAACACUAACCAAGAUAAAUUAAUAAAUUAGAAAAAUACUUUUUUUAUAACGCCAAAGUGCCUACAGACAGCUGCUGGCGUCAGUUGUGCCCAUGGCAACCAAGACAAUGUAGAAAAAUUCGCCUUUCUUUUUUGUUAUCAGCUAAUGUUGGAGAUCUCCGCCUUUCUGCGAACAUAACAUAUAUAGCAAGUAACUCGAAAAUGUGAUGCAAUAUUUGCAUUUUUCUGAAUAAGGAUCGUUUUUUUGUUUUGUUUUUUUUUUUUCCCCGGUGUUGGAAACAGGGGCUAAGCAAGCUAGAUAAAAUACAAUUUGGCUAAAUUGAGACCGUAUUCUGCUCAUGGAAACAAAAUGUAAAAUGCUGAAAAUGUCGAACUUGGCUAAGAAAGGGAGACCAGAAGAAAAGUUGCCUCUAAAAUCCACAGCAAUCCAAAUCAAGGCAUCUUGUGAUCUCAGGAGACUCCAGUCCCUGCUUGCCAAAAGCAGCUCCAAACAAGAGGUGUCAACACUGAGUCAUAGUAAAGCAGUCAACAGCAGAGCUACCAGAUCCUUACAUUCUCCAAAACACAAAAGCAGGCUCAGGAGUGAGAGUGGUGACUCCAACGAUGAAGUGUCUCAACUGGAAAAAUUCAGCAUAGCAUACAAAGACCAAAGAUGUUUCAGUAGUCACCCUCUGGAUAAACUGUUCCUGGACAUUCUUACAUCCCUGGUCAAGAAUCGACUCUGCAGUGAAUGGAUCGACCAUGCACCACCCGAAGCUGUUCAUAGAGUUCUUGUCUGCCUUCGACUGCUGAUCAGAGAUCCCAACUAUCAGGAAAUUCUUCACCAGCUCAAAGGCAUCAGUUUGCUUGCCAGGUAUAUGGAGUCUGUCACUGCCAAGUACAUAUCACGCGGUGAGGAGGUGUUCGAUAGGCAGAAGCUUGUUACGAUGACCUACAUGUUUCAGAAGCUGUCCGCUGCUGAUAAUCAAAGGUUCUGGGUCAUUGAGAGUGGUGCACAUAGGACCCUGGUGAAGCUCCUCUCCACAACAGACUGCAGUGUGUUACAGGGAGCCCUUCUUGCACUUACCGCUUUGGCUGAGAGCUCUGAAUGCAGGGCAGUAAUCGGGGAGCCACAAGUUGUGGAUUGCCUUCUUGUAAUACUGCAAGAAUAUGACCUGCUCUCAAAGAGAAUGAGCGCUGAGUUGCUGAGGCUCUUGUCUUCGGUGCAACAUGUGAGGAGCCAGUUAAAGGAGCUGGACGGAGUGCCGGUGCUGCUGAGCCUCCUGCACAGCAGGAACCAGAAGCUGCUGUGGAGCGUCACCUGGGUCCUGGUCCAGCUGUGCGAGGACCCCGACACCAGGGCCGAGAUCCGGAGCUGGGGGGGAGUGCAGCAGCUCCUCCGUCUGCUCGACGUGCAGCACGUCUCUGACGGCUCAACCAGCGAGAUGCUUCCCUCUCCCAACAAUGCCCCUCAGGUCCCCAGAGAACACGCGAGUGAGGAGCUCGGUCCAAAUGAGAAGUUGCAGAACGCCGCGGCUCUGCAGGCAGCCUGCUGUACAGCUCUGACUGAGCUGAGUCUGGAUGACGCAUCUGCUCUCCACAUUGUACAGGAAAAUGGUAUCUCUGUUAUCGCAAACUUAAUUUUACCAAAAAACUGCGGACCAAGGGACACUUCUUUACAGCGCUACGCUUUCCGAGCUCUCAGAUUUCUCUUUAGCGUUGAAAGAAACAGGCAUCUGUUUAAAAGACUCUUUCCCACAGACCUCUUUGAGUUGUUUAUUGAUGUUGGACAUUAUGUGCGAGACCUCACAGCUUAUGAGGAGCUACAAACCAAAGUUUCACUCUACACUGAAGAGGAAGUCAAUAGUCUGAGAGAAAACAUCGAGGCCCUAGACCAGAACCGGCCUCCCCUCAGAGUAAUCGGUGGUUACUCCGUAUUGGACCACCUGGGCUCUGGAGCUUUUGGAAGUGUCUUUAAAGUCCAAAAGCAGGUCGGGCAGAACUUCCUGGCUCUGAAGGAGGUAAACCUGCACAACCCGGUGUUUGGCAAAGACAAGAGGUCCAGAGACAGCAAUGUGGAAAAGAUCAUCUCUGAGCUUACAAUCAUCAAAGAACAGAUGACACACCCAAACAUAGUGAAAUAUUAUAAAACAUUUUUGGAAGGUGACAAGCUUUACAUCGUUAUGGAGCUGAUCGAAGGCGAUCCACUGGCUCAACAUUUUAAUUCUCUCAAAGACAAACAACAAAAAUUCACUGAAGACAGAAUUUGGAACAUAUUCAUUCAGAUGUGUCUGGCUUUGAGGUAUCUGCACAAGGAGAAGAGAAUAGUUCACCGUGACCUCUCACCCAACAACAUCAUGCUAGGGGAGAAUGAUAAAGUCACCAUCACUGACUUUGGGCUCGCCAAGCAAAAACAGGAGAACAGUGAGCUGACGUCAGUGGUUGGCACCAUCCUUUACUCAUGUCCAGAGGUGGUGCAGAACAAGCCGUAUGGGGAGAAAGCGGACAUCUGGGCUUUGGGCUGCCUCCUGUACCAGAUGGCAACGCUACAACCUCCGUUCUACAGCAGCAACAUGCUGUCACUGGCCAGCAUGAUCGUGGAAGGAGUCUAUGAGCCAGUUGCAGAGGGAGUGUUUUCAGAGAGGCUCACAGAUAUGAUCAAAUGGUGUUUGAGUUCAGACGCAGACCAGCGUCCGGACAUCGUAGCCGUCAGCGGCAGGAUUUCUGACCUCAUGAUGAGGCUGAUGGACGGACUGUACACCUCCCAGUACGCACUGCAGCGGAGAGCUGAGAAAGACAGGAAACGAACACAGAAGUAUUUUUUGGAAAAGCAGCAAAGCAAGAAUAACUACUGUCACUCAGACAUGGAAAGGGAGACUGAAUGUUUGGCUCAAAGCUCUGCAGGCUGCUGUUCAGGCGGCAUUAUGCAGGCAAACAGUAAAGACUUGGAGCCCAGGGUUUGUGUCACACCAGAUCAGAUGGUAGCCUGUGGGGAUUUUACCACUUCAACGAUAAAACCAAGACCAGCGUCCGUAGGAAUCAGCAUGUCACAGAAGAAACUGCGACAGAUCGAUGAUCCCAUCCAGAGGCUGCUUGUGCAGCUGCACAAAAUCAUCUUCAUCACUCAACUUCCACCAGCCUCCCACCACAACAUCAAGCGGCGUCUUGUUGAGAGAUUCAAGAAGUCUCUCUUCCAACUUGGCAGCGAUCCUUACAACCUAAAAGUGGAGCUCAGCAAGCUCGUCCAGGCGUCAUCAGAGCUGAUGGACCCGACCAGUUUAGACUGGCGGCCGGUGCAGCACUUUAGAGGAGAACACGUCACUGCUGACACCACAGGAGAUGAGAAUCUCAGUGACGGAGUUACAUACCAGCAGAUGCAGGGAAUUAUUGAGGAGCUCCUGGAGGAGAACAGCUACUAUGAAGCGACAAACAGCAGGGCCAAAGUUAAUCAAAUCACCAAGACGGGAACUGAAAGUAAUCCGUAGCUGCUUUCCACCUUGCCCAGACGUUUGAAUGUGACAACAGGAGUGACGAGAUUCAGAAACUGGGACCAGCAGGACUUGUAAAUAAGCCCAUAGAUCAAAGCAACAUGUUGAUGAAGAGAAGAAGAACAGCCGAGUGUAUUAAUGCGAUACAAACUGACAGGAGGGUUUCUAAACCGUUCAGGACUGUAGGACGGGGGUGCUAUGUUCAGUUUUACAACUGUGAGGUUCACCUGGUUUUAUAACUCUGGAGAGAAACACAGCUGUGAUUUUAUUUUGUACUUAGAGAUUUGAACUUGUACGUGCAAAGGGACCACAAUCCUAAAAGAAAUUUAAUUUCAAAAUGAUUUGCACUUCCAUCACACCUCAGAGUAAUGAAGCUUAGAAUAUAAUGAGUGUUCACGCCCCUGGGACCUCUCCACGUUUUGUCACGUCACAACCAGAUAUGUCAACGUAUUCAAUUUUAGAUGGUUGACCCAAACUAAUCGAUAUCUGCAAAGUUUGAUAACGUAUUUAUCAGUGUAACACGUUUCAUUUCAGGAUCGCCUUGUAGUCGUACUCCGAUCAGCUUCCAUGUCCCUGCUGCAGAAACGCAUCCCCACAGCAUGAUGCUGCCACCACCUUCCUCUACUGUGGGGAUAGUUCAGGAAAGUUCAGUUUUGGUCUCAUUUCACCAGAACACGUUUCCUGUGUCGAUCAACCGAACUUCAAAAAAACAAUUUUUCACGGCUUCUUUUCAAAAGCGGCUUUUUCUUGCAACUUCUCUAAAAUGGUGGAACUCACAUCCAGAAGCUGUGUUGUUACAGAUUCUCCCACCAGAUCUGUGGCUCUUUGCAGCGUCUCCACAGUCACCAAGGCCUCUUGGCCCUGAAUAAAAAUGCCCAGCAAACAUUUCAGAUCUUUAUUUGUUAAUAAAAAAACAAGCUAAAGCCUUUUCUAAUUUUAUUUGACUUCUAUUUUGUAUUAAACUGUCACAUAAAAUUCCACUGCAGCAGUGUUUGGGUUUGUAAUGUGACAAAAUGUGAAAAACAUCAAGGUGUGUGAAGCCCUUGUACGUUCAACAUAAAAAGCACGUUUGUUUGCAGGAGCAGUUUUUAGAAUCGCUGCUGCGGAAACAUUCGUUUCACAAUCGUGCGUUUUUUUGCUUCUCACUUAUUGUUUGUCUGUACAAAUGUGAUGUGACUGUGUGAAUCAGUUUAACACUUGUGUGCAUGACGACGACUGAAACCGUCUUAUUUCUGUCCCGGAUAUAAAUGUAAAACUCUGAGCCCUGCAGCUUUAAAUUCUCAGGAGCAAAGUGAACUGUUUUAACUCAUCGCUGCAGAGCUGCAUGUGGUAACGUGCUUUUCACCUUCAGCCCACGGUUUCCUCCUCAUAUAUCUGUCACAGAGCUGAUAGGAACUUUCACUUUGAUUAAGCACAGCUCAGACUUUGGCUGCAGGUGAAAUCAGAAUGAGGUCAGGUGUUUUUUUUUGUUGUUUUUUUUUUUGUACUUUUUGUUCACUGUAAAGGUGGAGCUGAAGAAAACGAACGCUGCUGUAGUGAAAAUCCAUUGUGUAAAAAUUUCUAUGUAACUAUCGAGACAUUUAAAUAAAUAUUUUUCUUCUUAAAUUUGAUACAAAAAUACUAAUUAUAUUCUGUACCAUCCAUUAUUAAAUUAUAAAAG